AAAUCCAUAAUGUAUUUCAUGUUAGCAUGCUGAAGAGGUACAAAGUGGAUCCUUCCCAUGUAAUACAACCAGAGGAGAUCGAGUUAGGCCCAGAUUGAUCAUUUGAAGAAGUCCCAGUGGAGAUUGUUGAUUUCCAGAUUAAGACUCUUCGUAGGAAGGAAAUUCCAAUGUUGAAGGUUGUGUGGAGGAAUCAAGAUAGUGAGAGUGCUACUUGGGAGACUGAAGCAAGUAUGCGAGCCCAGAUGCUGUAGUUUAUUUAUGAAAUUAGCAUGGGAGUAGCCAGGCGCCUAUGAUUAAAACAUGAUAAGAUGCAUAUGCAUAAGUCAAGGUGGUUGAGUCUUUUGACUAUUGGGAUAUGAGGAUGUCUGAGGUCUGAUCCUAGUGUUUUAGCUUUAUUAUUAGAUGUAUGAUAGGGGUAUGCUCUAUUAUGAACUCACGAUGCUAUGAUUAUCCCACUCAGCUAUGAGCUGACCCUCUUUUAUUCUUCUUCUCUGCUUAUGCUAUAUGUAAGCAGAUCAUCAGCAGCAGCAGUAGAUAAGUGUCUUAAUAUGAAAAUACACUUUUCUUCUCCCAAAUAUACAACAGGCUCCUUCAGCUCAAUUGGUGCCAUUCUAUUUGGUGCCAUUGAAAUUGGUGUUGUGCCAGGUACCAAUUCAAUAUCAAACUCUACUUCCCUUUCUGGUGGAAGGCGGGGAAGUUCUUCGGGGAAUAGAUCAGGAAACUCCCUUACCACCUCUACAUCCUCAACCUUCUUAUCAUUCACAACAGUAACUUGAGCAAGAAAAGCUACACAACCUUCCUUCAUUAAUAGAAAAGCUUCCAAGGCAGAAAGAAAACCAUGAGUCUCCUUUUUCUUAAUGCCUCGGAAUACAACAGGACCUUUAUCUGGUGUGUUGAAUAACACUUCUUUCUUUUGACAAUCCAUAACAGGUCCAUGUGUUUCUAGAAAGUCCAUCCCAAGGAUGACAUCGAAUUCAUCAAAAGGUAGCAGAAUUAAAUCUGCUGCUAGGAAAGCACCUUCCACACAAAUGAAGGAACUUCUAAUAACUGAGUCUACCUUCAAGGUAUCUCCCACAGGUGUUUUAACACAUAAGGUAUAAUCUAGCUUAUCUGGAACUAAGCGUAGCAUAUGUGCAAACGUAUAUGACAUGAAUGAGUGAGAGGAACCAGUAUCGAUCAAAGCAUAAAAUUGCUUGCCAAGGAUAAUUCAUCAGACCUGGUUUUUCAAUCAAAGCUUAUAAUUGCUCGCACGGAAGUUGUGAAAAUGUUCCUACUGACCAAUCGAGAGGAGUGGGGGCGGUUGAUGCAAGACCGCCAGUAUUAGACUAUGCAAAGAUGAAGAGUUUAGGUGGUAGGGACUUCAAGGGAGAUGUGAGCCAAGAUGCUGUAGUAGAGUGGUUAAGAGAGAUGGAAGAUGUGUUUGAGUAUCUUUAUGCGACCCCAGAGGAAAAAGUACAAUAUGUUGUUUUUCUCCUAAAGGGGUGGGCGAGGAGCUGGUGGUCCUCAGUCUCUAGAGUUAAUGGUGAACAAGUUCAGUUCACCUGGGAAGAGUUCCUGAAGGCCUUUAAGACAGAGUUUCUUCCCGAAGCUUUUAUCAGGGCAAAGAAUAAUGAAUUAGCCAACCUUAAGCAGGAGAACAUGACAGUUACGGAGUACACUAGCAAGUUUGUUCGACUACUCUACUUUGAAGAUGGGUUGGCAGAUACUGAGCAUAAGAAGAAGAUGAGAUACUUACAUGGUCUGCGCCUAGGGUUGAAAGAAAAGAGCUGAGUGAGAUAAUCAUAGCAUCGUGAGUUCAUAACAGAGCAUACCCCUAUCACACAUCUAACAAUCAAGCCAAAACACUAGGAUCGGACCUCAGCCAUCCUCAUAUCCCAAUAGGCAAAAGACUCAACCACCUUGACUUAUGCAUAUGCAUCUUAUCAUGUUUUAAUCAUAGACGCCUGGCUACUCCCAUGCUAAUUACUCUCCCGGGAAUACGGACCAAACAUCUCGUGGAUGUGCUCAUAUUGGACCCACCACUGCCGGUGUAGUCAUAUCGGACUUGACACCAUGCUGGGUGUAGUCAUAUCGGACUCAACACCACUCUGGGUGUGGUCAUAUAUCAUGAUGAAUCAACGGUCAACACCACAUCAGGGGUGUGACAUAACAUAUCAUAACGGAGUAAUAGCAUGGGGAGUCCUAAUUACUAUGUAAUUGACCAUGAGACCAAAGUACUCUUACUUGGUAUCCUUAUCCAUGAUCCAUAUCUCAUCUUGCUUAAUCAUAAUUCGCUACUUGCACAUGUACUUGACCUGGCCACAAUUGACUCAACAUAGGUAAAUCAGGAGUCGAAUAAUUGCACUUCCUCGGGAUAAACCCUCGUGCCAGUCAUCCUCCUUAAACAUCAUAAUAUCACCAGGGAAUAUAUAUUUUCCUACAUGUGCAUCCAAAUACAAUAAUCAUGAAAAAUCAUACCCAAUCACCUUUUCGAACCAUCAUAAAGCAUAUCAACAGUCAGGCCCACAAAUUGCAACAUGUAUGCAAUCAUCAACAUAAACAAGGUCCAUAUCGGCUAGGGCAAGUCAAUAAUAUCAUACAACAAUCUAUGGUUCAUCAUAUAACAUAAAAGUCCAUACACCCCUAAUCAUGUCAUUCUAAUUCACCUAGGUCAAUUCUAAGCAUCAAUAUAAUUAUCGUGAUACGACAAACCCGGUAUGUCGUGCUAAUCCCUCACCAGUUCUGGUCGUUCAAACACCGGUUCGAGCCUCCCGUACUAAAACGUCAAUUUCACGAACGAACCCUGAAUUAAAAUCCGAGACCGUCCUAAUAUCCCCUGCAGGAUCCCCGUCAAUAUUAGUUCUAGGCUCCGAAUCAAAUUCUCGAUAGAAACACAUCAAACCCUAGCCGGAGCUAAAUUCAGCAAUUUGGAUCACGACCUAAUUAAUUGCCGAAAUUCAG